AUGGAUUAUAAUAAAUUUAUACUAUUUGGUGAUUCAAUUACACAAUAUUCAACUCAACAAGCUGGUUAUACUCCAUUUUUAACUGAUAAAUAUGUUAGAAAAUUAGAUGUUUUGAAUAGAGGUUACGCAGGGUAUACUACAGAACAUGGAAGAUUAAUAUUACCAAAGAUAUUAGAAAUUGAAUCAAACAAAGAAAAGGAUAAUAUUAAAUUAAUUACAAUUUUUUUAGGUACUAAUGAUUGUUAUGAAAAUAAUAAUUGGAUUCAACCAACUAAAAUAGAAAGAACAAAAGAGAACAUUGAAUAUUUAAUUGAUUUAGCACUAAGUUAUAAUAUUAAACCAAUUGUAAUUGGACCAGGUUUACAUGAUUAUAAUUUAGUCAUUGAAAAAUCACAAGCUGUAAAAGCAACAAAUAAUAGAAGAAAUUUAGAAUAUUCUGAGGUCAUUAAAUCAGUUGCGAAGGCUAAGAAUGUUCCAUUUAUUGAUACAUGGAAUUUAAUGCUUCAAGAUUCAAAAUUCACAAAAGAGGAAAUAUUCGAGGAUCCACCAUUGGAAGAAUAUUUAAUUGAUGGAAUUCAUUAUACUACAAAAUCUUAUGUUCUAUUAACUAAAGAGAUUUAUAAAACUAUUGAAUAUAAUUAUCCUGAAUUAUUACCUGAGAAUUUACCAUUUAAAUUGAGUUACUGGAGAGAUAUAGAUCCAAAAAACUUAGAUACAAUUUUUACAAAUACUUAUAAACAAGAUUAA